GUUCAGAGAGCGGAAGAGACGAUAGAGACGCGGGGAGCGAUUCAAGACCAGAGAGAACGCGACUGUCCACCCAGAAGACUCACGACUUGCUUUUAAAAAGGUCGCUCGCACCAUGCCCAGCACGCGCUCCAGCGGCCGGGCUCAGCCCACACUCGACUUCCCGCGCCGCAAAUCGUGCCGAGUCUCCUCGCGGCCCAAGACGCAGACGGGAGCGUCUCCGGCGCCGUCGCCAGCCAAACUACCGGCCGCCCAGACGACGCCGCCGCGGCUUCCACUCAGCCCCCGGAAACGCACAGGUGAUGAAAACGGCUGUAACCGUGGCGACGCCCCGCUGGGUUCGCCGGCGAAGCAAAGCAAGCCGAGUCCGGCGGCGUCGCCCCGGAAGCCGCGCGUCGACGAGAACUCGCCGGUCUCGGUCCGCCGGCGGCUGAUCCCGUCCUCGUCGCCGCGGCAACCGCUCUCUCCCGCCGCCGCCGGGUUGUCACUGAGGCGCCAGGAAACGCUGUCUGGGAGCCCGGAGAGGACGCCGCCGGUCGCUCGGCUCUUUGGACAAAGGUCGAGGUUCCUGAGCGUGAAGCGGGCGCUGCACACCGCCGUGCCCGAGCGCCUCCUCGCCCGGGACGCCGAGCGGGACACCAUCCGCUCCUUCCUGGAGGAGACGGCCCUGCGGCGCCUCCCCGGCAGCCUCUACAUCUCCGGAGCGCCGGGAACCGGCAAGACGGCGUGCCUCAACCGCGUGCUGCAGGACAUGGAGGCCCAGCUGGCGCCCGUCCGCACGGUUCUGGUGAACUGUAUGAGUCUCCGUAGUUCUCACGCCGUAUUCCCGCUGCUGGCCGACAAGCUGAAGGCGCCCGGCGGCCAGAACGGGCUGCAGAGCUUCCUCACGGCCCCGGGGCCCGCUGUGCUUCUGGUUCUGGACGAGAUGGACCAGCUGGACAGUAAAGCUCAGGACGUCCUGUACACCAUCUUCGAGUGGCCGCACCUGCAGAAGUCUCGCCUCUGUCUCGUCGGCAUCGCCAACGCUCUGGAUCUGACUGACCGCAUCCUGCCGCGGCUGCAGGCUCGGCCUCACUGUCGCCCCCUGCUGUUACACUUCCCUCCCUACAGCCGGCAGGAGCUCACGGCCAUCGUCCAGGACCGGCUCUCCCAGGCGUCGGCCGACGGGGUCCUGGACGCGUCGGCGGUUCAGUUUUGUGCCCGUAAAGUGUCGGCGGUGUCGGGAGACGCCAGGAAAGCUCUGGACAUCUGCAGGAGAGCCGUCGAGGUCGUGGAGUCCGACGAGAGGAAGAAGAAAGUGUCGGAUCCGACCGGCGAACCGAAAGAGUCGCGGGUCAGCCUUCCUCAGGUUGCGCGCGUGCUGUCUGAGAUCUACGGCGACCGGAUGGCGUCCCCGGGCGGCGGCGACGGAGAGAGUUUCCCUCUGCAGCAGAAGCUGCUGGUCUGCUGCCUGCUGCUGCUCACGCGCAGCGGGAAGAGCCGAGAGGUCGCCGUCGGGAAGCUCCACGAGGUGUACAGCCGGCUGUGCGCCCAGCGCCAGGUGUCCGCCGUGGGGCAGGGCGAGUGUCUGUCCCUCUGCGGCCUCCUGGAGAGCCGAGGAAUCUUCUCCCUGAAGAAGGCCAAGGAGGCUCGUCUGGCCAAGGUGUUCCUGAAGAUCGAGGAGAAAGACAUUGAGAACGCCCUGAAGGACCGCGCGCUGCUGGGCAGCAUCCUCGCCGCCGGCCUGCCCUCGUGACGUCGCGGCUGCAACGCACAUACAUUUUAUUAAUAUAUUCAUAUUUUUGUUCUCGUUUUUGCUGAGAAUUUGUAGAUAUUUUUUUACGUUUUUAAAACAUAAUCUUAUUUUUCUUUGGUUUUCCUCACACUGACGUUGACGCUCUGUUUUUUGGGUUUUUUUUUUGGAGUUGUCGAUCAACUUUUUUUAACCGGUUAUGAAAUUACAGCUUUUUGUUCGUUUUAAAUUUGAAGAGUUUCCAUUUUUAUGCUGUAAAUAAACAAAUGUACAAAUGUUUGAAAUCUGAUCUUGUUUUAUUCGCUCUCGUUCCCAGAGACUCAUUUAAAUCAUAAUAUGAAAAUGUUAAAAAAGAUAAAGUGAACUAAGUACUUAGAUUCUCCACAAAUAAUCAAACUACUUAAAACUCAUAAAAAAUAAAUAUAUGAUCAAAAUGUAAACAAAUUACUAAAUAUUUGUUGACUAACACAAAACAACCAUUUAGAGCACGAAUCUCAAAUUAAUGUGACCAUCCUGAAGAUUUAAGGUUAAUUCAUUAAUUAUUAAUGCAUCAAUAAUUAAAAUCCUGUUAUAAACAUUCUUAAAAUGAAUACUUUUCCUCAGACUGUUUUUACACUAUCGUUGAUACUUUUACCACGUAUAAGAUCUGAAUACUUUCCCUGUAAAGUACCACUGACUUAUUCCAUCUUCAAAUAAUAUCAGACAUAAAUAUGGACUAUUCAAAUAAGAUUUUAUUCAAAUAUAAUUUACUCACAGCAAAGAGGAUGAAUAUAUAUAUACAGGACUGUCUCAGAAAAUUAGAAUAUUGUGAUAAAGUUCUUUAUUUUCUGUAAUGCGAUUAAAAAAACAUGUCAUGCAUUCUGGAUUCAUUACAAAUCAACUGAAAUAUUGCAAGCCUUUUAUUCUUUUAAUAUUGCUGAUUAUGGCUAAGAAAACUCUAAAAUCCUAUCUCAUAAAAUUAGAAUAUUUCCUCAGACCAAGUUAAAAAAAAGAUUUAUAACAGCAAAACAAAAUCAAACAUUUGAAAAUGUCCGUUAAUGCACUCAGUACUUGGUUGGGAAUCCUUUUGCACGGAUUACUGCAUCAAUGCGGCGUGGCAUGGAGGCAAUCAGCCUGUGGCAUUGCUGAGGGUUUAUGGAUGCCCAGGAUGCUUCAAUAGCGGCCUUUAGCUCAUUUGCAUUGUUGGGUCUGGUGUCUUUCAGCUUCUUCUUCAGUCAGUGAUGGUUUGGGAGCCAUGUCAGCUGCUGGUGUUGGUCCACUGUGUUUCAUCAAGUCCAGAGUAAAUGCAGCUGUGUACCAAGAGAUUUUAGAGCACUACAUGCUUCCGUCUGCUGAAAAGCUCUAUGGAGAUGAGGAUUUCAUUUUCCAGCAUGAUCUGGCACCUGCCCACAGUGCCAAAACCACCAGUAACUGGUGUACUGACCAUGGCAUUACUGUCCUCGAUUGGCCUGCCAAUUCCCUGACCUGAACCCCAUAGAGAAUUUGUGGGGUAUUAUGAAGAAGAAGCUGAAAGACACCAGACCCAACAAUGCAAAUGAGCUAAAGGCCGCUAUUGAAGCAUCCUGGGCAUCCAUAAACCCUCAGCAAUGCCACAGGCUGAUUGCCUCAAUGCCACGCCGCAUUGAUGCAGUAAUCCGUGCAAAAGGAUUCCCAACCAAGUACUGAGUGCAUUAAUGGACAUUUUCAAAUGUUUGAUUUUGUUUUGCUGUUAUAAAUCUUUUUUUUUACUUGGUCUGAGGAAAUAUUCUAAUUUUAUGAGAUAGGAUUUUAGAGUUUUCUUAAGCUGUAAGCCAUAAUCAGCAAUAUGAAAAGAAUAAAAGGCUUGCAAUAUUUCAGUUGAUUUGUAAUGAAUCCAGAAUGCAUGACAUUUUUGUUUUUUUAAUUGCAUUACAGAAAAUAAAGAACUUUAUCACAAUAUUCUAAUUUUCUGAGACAGUCCUGUAUAUAGUUGUGCAUGUUUUCAAAAAAUAAAUACAGUGACCCAAAAUGUAAACGUGUUGAUAAAAUAAGAUUCAAUACUCAAACUUAUAAUAAUAUAAUAUAUAAAUAAACAACACAAACUAAAAGCUUUAGUCGAGAUGCAGCACAUAAAAGUCACUUUCUCCAACAGUGCAUUUCACAAACUCCUCAUGUCAUAUAUAUAUUAAACUUUACUGCCUAAUAUAUACAUAUAUAUUUAAACUUUAAACAUGAGGUUUUCCAAUUAACAGUUAAUAUUUUACUGUGAUUCUCUGAAACGUUUUGACUCCCAAAAACCAUCAAAGACCAAAACAAAGAAAAACAAUAUAUAUAUUUAUUAUAUAUACUAUAUAAUACAUAUUGAGGUUUAAAAGUUGCUUCUAAAUGUUAAAAUAUAUAAAUUCUCAAACGUUCCUAAAUCCAUCAUCACAAAGUCUUUGCAAACUCACAAAUAACUUUUAAUUAGUCACUAAUUAUAAAUUAUAGUUUAAAAAAUACUAUAUAGAAUAAAGCUGUAAAUAUAGUUUGACUCAAUGGAGGGAAACAAUAUGUAAAUAAGAAGGUUUUAAUGAACUUAAAGAUAAAAUAUAACUGGAUGUUAAGAAGUCUUGUAAAUAAAUUAAAUAAUAGUUUCAAUUUCCUUUUUGUUGAAAUGAAAUCGAGGCUCCAAGAGUCUGAAGACAUCAGAGCAACUGACAAAAGUAAAGAAAAUAAAAAUAAAGAGUUUAAAACAACUUUUAACUUUGUGUCCAGAAUUCUUACAGAUAAAAAACAUUAAAUAAUUUUUUCAGCCCCAUUUCUAGCAAUUAUUUAUAAUAAAAAAAAUCUUCUGAAAGUUUUUCCUUCAAUAAUAUCCAAUAAUAUUAAUUUAAUGUUAGAAAAUGUGAGUGAAUCACGUGAAAGUAAUCUUUAAAAGAGAUUUAACAUUCAUUAAAAACAUAAAUAGAUCGAUUAAAAUAAAGCGACUUUGUAACACUUAAAGUAGAAGAGUGAAAAUAAUACGAAAAAAUAAACAAAUAUAACGGUUCACAUUCAGAAUGACGUGGGUUGACGUCAAUAAACAUUCUCCGUGAAUUUAAAUACGCAUCCAGUAAUAAACACGUUGAGCCCUCAGUCGAGGUCACGUGACGCGGCGGCGACGUCGUGCGUUUUACAAUCGUCGGUUUUCGCAGAAACAGUCGUAAAAACGGCUAAAUACCGUGAAACAGUCGGUUCGAUCGGAUUGAAAUAAAAACGACGAGGAGUUUAAAUGUGUUAACAUUGAUUUUGAUUAUAUAAUAUAUCGGAUUUAAAGGUUGAUUUUUUUUUUCUUCCCUUUUUACAUUAUUUUAUUCCUCGAUAAUCUUUUACAACAAAUUCGUUUUUUUUCUUCUUUUCUUGUAAAGAACAAUUGGUUAUUUAUUUACUAAAUAAAAAAACAAUGGCAUAGCGGUGAAACCUCGAGAUUCAAGAACAUUCAUUUCCAUUUAAAUUAUAUACAAUCUUACGUAAAGAUCUUUUUUUUUAACCGUUAAAUAAAAAGAUCUCGACAAUAACAACACUUAUUUAUAAAUACAUCACAUUAUAAGCUCUGAAUAUUAAACGUUUUGUUUCAAGUUUAUUUUGUUCUAAUUUAACGGUUUAAUUCUGUGUUUUAUUUUAUUAACUUGUGAUCAUUUUUCUUUCUUUUGUUCUUUUCAUCUUUCGUUCCUCUCGUUUUCCUCCUGUCGUCAAAAAAAAUUGCAUUUGAUUUGUCCGAAAGCUGCUUCAUGAAUAAACUUAAAAUUAUUGAUCGAUUAAUAAAAGUAUUAUUAUUUCUAAUUUUAAUAAUAUUUCUGUGGCAGUAAACUGGAAACUUGAAGCUAGACUUCUAGUAAAUUAACUCGUAUUAAACGGUUUCAAACGACAUAAAUGAACAAUAUAGUUCCCGCAAAGUUGUUAUCUAAUACUUAUACUGAAGCCAAAUAAACUUUAAAUGAAGAGUUUAAUUUUGCAUAAUGUUGAAUUCAUUGGUCUUAUGUUAUUUAUUAAGAGAAUUAAGAGUUUUCCUCUUUAAAAAAAAACUGUAUUAAAUCCGAGGUCGUUUCUUAAAUAUAGUUUCUACUCAGAAAAUACUUUUUAAAUACUAAUUUAAUUUGAUAAAUCUCGGGUUUUUUCUAUGUCGUUUUAAACUUGAGAUCCAAAAUAUGAAAUAUCAAAAAUACAUUUUAGUUUUGGUCCGUUUUAAAACCCACCGAGCUGCCAAAAUACACACACAUGUAAACGGAGAACAUUCAAAUAUUUAUCUGAUGAGAAAUAGUUUGUUCUCUUAAACACCAGGGAAUAAAUAUAAAUAUAAAUAAUAUAUAUAUAAGUAUAUAUAUAUAUAUAUUAUAUUUAUAAUAUAUAUAAUAUAUAUUCUUAUAUAUAUUAUACAUAUAAUAUAUAUAUUAUAUAUAUAAUAUUAUAUAUAUUAUAUAUAUAUAUACUCCAGUCUGUCACAGCUGUUCAGUUUGUGUCGCUGCUGUCGACCAUUAAAAAUAAAAAUAAAACACAUUUGAAAAAGAAAUUACAAAUAGUUUGGGACUCGACCCAGCGGUUCCCCCUAGAUGAGGGCCACAGUGGUUCCCCCUGAAGGAUCCCAGCGGUUCCCCCUAGACAAGGACCCCAGCGGUUCCCCCUAGAUGAG